CCCUGCCUUUCUUUAGCCUUCUCUCUAACCCCACCUUUUCCUUCCUAGCUCCACCCCCUCAGCCAGCAACGUUUCAGAACCACGGGCCGUGGACAGCUCCGUUGGAGAGCUUCUUUGAGGAAAGAAAAAAAAAAGGCAACCACAAUAAAAAAAAAAAAAAAGGCAACGAUUUUGUUCUUGCCCGCUGCUCCUCUUUCAUUUUGCUUUCGUCUCGCCCUGCUUUUUGAUCUGUCCAGGACAACCGCCACUCCUCCUGGGAAGGGGAAAAAAUGGAUUCCACAAUGAAUGCAGCACGGAGGUCAGCCAGGAUAGAUUCAGAAGUGACAGAAUCCCAGAUGGAGCCUUCUAUCAAUGCCACCGAGAUGCCCUCCAAGGAGAACGUUUUUUCAAACAUUAAAGAUAAAUUCAUGAACAAAUUGGGGAAACUGCCAAUACCGCCAUGGGCUUUGGCCACCAUUCUCAUUGUUGCUGGCCUCUUGCUUCUCUGCUGCUGCUUCUGCGUUUUUAAAAAAUGCUGUGGCAAGAAGAAGAAAGGGAAGAAAGGCAAAGACAAAGUCAAGGCACAGAUCAACAUGAAGGAAGUGAAGGAGUUGGGCAAAAGCUACAUUGAUAAGGUACAGCCAGAAGUCGAGGAUUUAGAUCCAUCAUUGUUGCAGGAAUCCGAAGUGGAGAAGCCAGAGGAGAAGCUGGGGAAACUCCAGUACUCUCUUGAUUAUGACUUCCAGAGCACACAGCUGGUUGUGGGUAUUAUACAAGCUGCUGACCUCCCAGCACUGGACAUUGGGGGUACCUCCGAUCCUUAUGUCAAAGUCUUCCUGCUUCCAGAGAAGAAGAAAAAGUUUGAAACCAAAGUCCACCGCAAAACUCUCAACCCUACAUUUAAUGAAUCUUUCACCUUUAAAGUCCCUUAUUCAGAACUUGGUGGUAAGAUUCUCGUCAUGGCCGUCUAUGACUUUGACCGUUUCUCCAAGCAUGAUGUCAUUGGUGAGAUCCGUAUCCCCAUGAACACUGUGGACUUGGCGCAUGUGAUCGAGGAGUGGCGAGAUCUGCAGUCAGCAGAGAAGGAGGAGCAUGAGAAGUUAGGAGACAUUUGUUUUUCACUCCGGUAUGUGCCUACAGCUGGGAAACUGACAGUGAUUGUGCUAGAAGCCAAAAAUCUCAAAAAGAUGGAUGUGGGAGGGCUUUCAGAUCCAUAUGUGAAGAUCCAUCUCAUGCAGGGAGGGAAACGUAUCAAGAAGAAGAAAACAACUAUCAAGAAAAAUACACUGAAUCCCUAUUAUAAUGAAUCCUUCAGUUUUGAGGUGCCUUUUGAACAAAUCCAGAAAGUCCAAGUUGUCCUGACGGUGCUGGAUUACGACAAACUAGGCAAAAACGAGGCCAUUGGGAAGAUCUUUGUAGGCUGUAAUGCCACGGGUACUGAGCUGCGCCAUUGGUCUGAUAUGCUGGCCAAUCCCCGUAGACCUAUUGCUCAGUGGCACACUCUGCAACCUGAAGAUGAGAUGGAUGCAGCAAUUGGGAUAAAGACCUCUUGAUAGCCUUCAUUUCCGGGCCGACUUCUCCGGCAACCAUUCCAUCUCCCAUCCAAAGCAAAUGGGAGUGUGUGGGUGAGGCUCCCCUGAAUAUGCCUGUUGGGGGGGGAGGGAAGGUAACCUGUGAGCUUGUCUCUUUUCUCAGAGCCAUUUCUUAUUUGAAAAAAAAAAAAAUCUCCGAGAGAAAAAAAAACUUUUUAAUCCACUGUGUGAAAAAAGAAAGAAUGCUUACUUAGUAAUUGGAGACAAGUGACAGAUUUACUGUAAAUCAACCACGAAGCUUGCAAAACAAUUUAUGCAGAUUUAAAUAACAUAUUUCAGAUUUGAUUUAUGCAUUUGAAAAUCGAGCCUUAUGUAAAAACAGUCUUUUUCCCCACAAAAGCAUUACUAAAUAAUAAUAAUUUAUCUGUCAAAUGUUGCAACCAGACUUCAAAUAAAUCUACCAUUAAUCCUCUUAAUUUGAUUACACUAUAGGUUCAAAAUUAAAAAAAUUUAAGGGAUAUCAUUUUAUUCACAUUUUGAAUGCUGCUGUGUUACCAUGUUUGAAAAUUAGAUCUUGUAUGGAAAUCUAUAAUCAACAGUAUCUACAAAUAUAUGUUCAAUAAUAGAUUUUUUAAAAAUUGCAAAUGAGCUCCAAUUACAAUAGCUAAAAAUAUUUGGAGAUUGUAUUAUAAAACAACUUUAUAAAAAGUAGAUCUUGGAUUAAAAAAUUUAACAGAAUACUUGAAAACUUAGUUUGAAAAUAAGUUUUCUACAAUUUCAUAAUGGCUUUAAGUUAUAACUGAGGCUAGAAUUUAUAUCCAUUUAGCUGGAAGUAAAUCCUAUUUAAUUCAAAGAUAUUCUGAGAAGAUGUUAUAGGUUUGCAGGAUAAGAGUGAGAUUAGAAUUUCUGGAUUCUGAAGUACUUCAGAUAUACUCCUCCUUAAGUUAUUGACACUCUGUCCAAAAUAGGACUAGGUAGGUUGAAAUUGUAAAAUGUCAUAUGUGUAGAUUCCAUAUGUAAAGUUUUAGUAAACAUAAUGUAGGAUAUUCUAACCAUCUUAUUACAAAAUUUCCACAUACUAGAAACAAUAAUUUAUAGAGCCUGCAGUUUGAUGCUAGAAUAUAAUAGUGUGUUACCCAUUAGCCAAUGUAUUAAGCUAUUCAUAAGGUUUGUUUGUUUUCAAUUACAUUUUUUGGGUUUUAUAACAGUUUUGCUUAUGUAUUUAUCUGUUUGACAACUUGUGCUUUACAAUAUGUAUGUUUAUGAAAUGUUUGAUAUCAAUAAGAGUAUUAGGGAAAAUUUGCUACAAACCUCCUGGAAGCAGGUUAUAUUUACUAGCAUUUUACUAUCCAACUUGUAAUAAUUUUGCUUUGUUAAAACAGGUUUACAUUUUUGCUACAAGCUUAAAACUGGUUUAUUAUACCACUGCAAUAGGUUUCCUGUUUGUUAGAAAGCAGUUUGAAGCAUUUUAUAAAUGGAAAAAAUGCAUUUAUCCAAAAAGUUUACUCUUGGAUUUAAAAUGUUUGACAAUAGUUUUACAGAGGCCUAAAACAUGUUUACAAUACUUUUGGUAUAGCAACAUUACAAUUUAUUAGAAAUAUUCUAUAAUUGUUUAAAAUUUGGAUGACUUGCUAAGAAUUUUUAAGCUGAUUACACUGCCAGCUAUUUUCAGCAGAAUCAAAAUUAAGGGGAAUAACUAUAAACUACCAAAAAUUGUUUUAUAAGCCUGAAUUAAAAUACAUAUAUGUAACUUUUAUGCCAAAAUUUUGUUUAUGUUAGCAAAUUCUGGAUAGGAUCAUAGUCCUUCAAAGGUAUGCCCUCCUUUAAAAAAAAUAAAAUAAAAUUAGACCUUUUGAUACUAAUAUUAGGAUUUUUACCCAUAUUUUUAUAGCACUUGCUGAAAUUGAUUUCUCAUCCCAUUAUUAUAGUUUUAAAUCUUGCAUCAUGCAGGUGCUUCUAGUUCCAAGGGAAGGGACAACUGCCCUUUACAAGAGAAUAACCAUCAUUUUAAUAAUAAGCCUCCCCUCUAAGACUACCUAUUAAUGACUCUAUCAGAAAAAAGACUAAGGGUUAAGAAUUACUAGGUUCUCAAUACAUGAUUAUACCAAAUACUUAUAGAAAAAGAGUGCUAAAACUAUUAUCUAAUAGUUUUAGUUGAGGCAAGUUUGCUCAUUUCUACUUCCUAAUUUUGGCUAUAAAUUAGUGGGUUUUUUUUUUAAUCUUGCUGUAAAAUAAGAACUGAGGAAAAAGAAAUGGGAAUGAAUAAGACCUUACAGUGCAAUCCCUAUCUACCUUACCCACCACCUAUAUAUUUGACCAAUGGAGCUAAAUGGAUAUAGAAUUGAUGCCUUAGUAAUUCUCUGUUUCAGGGAGAAACAUUUUAAAGACAUCUAGAGCAGACAGAUAUUCCCUCCAGGUAUGCAAGUAAAGUUAUGACUCCCAUUAACCCGAGCCACUUAAACUGGAGUGAGGGGAAAUGUAGUCUGCUGUAUCAGAAGUGCACAAAACUGAGGAGAGCUUCUAAGAAUUCAAUAGUUUCUAUGUCUUUCAACCAGCUCGUGAUAGAAGUAGUGAGAUGCCUCAAUCUGUAACGGUAUUAGAUGAGAGAAGCCACUAAGAUACCUUGAAAAGCUGAAGCAUGUUGUAUAGGGACGACGUUUCAAAAGCCAUAGUCCACACCUUUGCUUAUUCCUGAGUAACAGGGUAUUUCACUUCCAGAAAAGCAUGCAAAUGUUUGUAAUAAGUGGCUUAGAAUUUAGGGUCUUUGACAAAAAAUAAUAGAUGAUCUGCUUACAGGUAGUCCUCAGUUUAUGACUACAACUGAGCCCAAAGUAUUCAUUGCUAAGCAAGAAAAUUGUUAAGCCCCAUUUUACAAUCUUUUUUGCCACAGUUGCUAGGCAAAUCACUGCAGUUGUUAACUGAAUCAUGAGGCUUUUAAGUAAAUCUGACUUUGCUUGACAGAAACCAGCUGGGAAGGUUACAAAUGGUGGUCACAUGACCUCAGGACAUUGCAAAUGUCAUAAAUAUAUGCCAGUUGCCAAGUGCCCAAAUUUUAAUCACACGACCAUGGAGAUGCUGCAGCGGUUGUAAAUGUGAAAACUGGUAUAAAUCACUUUUUCCAGUGCCAUUGUAACUCUGAAUGGUCAUUAAACAAAUGGUUGCAAGUUGAGGACUGCGUCUAUUUCAUUCAUGUACAAUAAAACAUUUACACAGUUCCUCGGAAAAUAAUAUUGAGAACAGAAUUGUAAAUCAGUUUAUUUAUAAUAAAAGAAGUAAUCAUUGAAUCAACUGGCAACAGUUAGAAAUGCUUAUUUGGGAUUCACAGAUCUGACUAUAAAUUGGAUGUCUGUCUUAUUCCAAACAGGAUAUUCAUACUAUCUCAUUUUCUGAAUAAGGGAAAUUGUUUCAAUUUGUUUUUAAAUUUUAACAAUAUUUCGAUUAACAGUUGAUAAAACAGAUAAUAAUUUUCAAUUUCGUUUUCAAGAUUUCAAUAUAAUACAUGAGAAAAGACAUGUACAAUUCCCAUCCUGUCCUGAGUAAAAAUGUAUUUAGUUUCUCUAGAAGAGACAAUCGCCUCACAUAACUAAACCGACACCCUCAAAAGUAUUAUCAUUUCAGAUAUUGGUUUAAAUGGAUUGCUUUCAUUUUAUCCAAGAAAGGAAAAAGAUAUAUUAAUACUUAACUGCUGCAGACUAGAAUAAUAUGGAGAGAAUGUUGAUCCAGAUUUCUAGUCAGUGAAUUUUUUUUUUUUUUUACUAAUACUUCCUGUGGAGAUGUAUUGGGAUAUAAUAAUGCCCCCACCUCACCAAACAAAUUAAAAAAAAAACAACUAGGCUAAGCUUUUUGCCCAUGAGAGGCAUGAUGGCCAUUUUGUUUUCUGGUUAGUGUGUUUUUGUAAUUGUGGUGUUGAUAGCGUAUCCACUCCACUUUAAAAUAUGCCUCACUCUGUUAGCCUCAUCACAUUAAUCCCCACUGAGCUGCCGCAUACAUCUCUUUUACUUUGAAUUAUGAACGUUAGUGAGGAGCAUUCAAUAUGGCUGUUGCUGAGCCAUGAGAUGUUUAAUAUGUCGAACUGUUGAUCAUUCCUUGCAGCUGAAAGUUCACUUCAUUUUCCUUUUCUCAGUCCUUGAGAAUUGAUCACUAUAUCAAGGAUAAUAUUGGAACUGUCAGUCAGUGUUGUGUGCUGUACUUCCAUCCACUGUAUCUUGCUAAUAAUUCAAUCUUUUUCCCAACUUCUAAACAUCCUUUCCACAUUUUGGCAUCAGCAAGUAUGUAGAUGUCUAAAUCAACUGCCCAGCAUUGGAAAGAGGCCACCUGCUAAGUUUUAAAGAGUUGUGUAACUGUUAUGAUCGAAGGGAUUGUGUAAAGUGCAGAAGGCUUUGUAACUCUGGUGUGUGUUGUUUCUAUUCCCUUCGUUCCUAUGAAUUACCCUCUGAGCGGUGCUGUCCUUUCAAAGCCGCUUCUACUCUUUUGAAAUCAGUUUUAAUAUUGAUGUAUUUGACCAAACAGUACUCUUGGCUGUUAAUAAAUAAGAGAUCUCUAUA